GAGAGGAGAUCCGCGCGCGUUCGCUUAGGCUCCUCACUCCUCAUACACACGCACAUAUUCAGUCCUUCUUCUUCUUCUUGUCGUCCAAUGUGAGAGAUCUGCUGCUGCGCUCUCUGCCUGGACGGGACAACAUCUCCAAUUACAGGAGAUCUUUUUAUUUUUGCGCUCGUUCUUUCUGUAUUUCUCUCCGUUUGAGUGUCGCGAUGGAUGUUUUGCCCAUGUGCAGCAUUUUCCAGGAGCUGCAGAUCGUCCAUGACACCGGUUAUUUCUCCGCGUUACCCUCGCUGGAAGAGUACUGGCAACAGACAUGUCUGGAGCUGGAGCGUUACCUGCAGAGCGAGCCGUACGUCUCGGCGUCCGAGCUCAAGUUCGACCCUCAGGAGGACCUCUGGAGCAAACUGAUGUUCGCGUGCGGCGACGGUGACAAGGCCGAAACGGACUCGAAGCCUAGCGUCGAUCUCGUUCACGUCAAGGAGGAGGACGCUCAGGACGGCCCGAUGUCGGAGACGCGCAGUGUCAACUCGGACGCCAGCAGCGAAGCGUCGGAUAGCUCGGAGGAGCUCUCGCCGACGCACAUCUUCGGCUCGAACCCUCUCGGCUCGGGACACUUGCCGUCGUCUAUCAUCGCCACACCGCCAUCGUCUCCGGAGGCUCUCCAGGAGCCAGUCAUUCCUCAACUCUGGGGAACCAUACACACUGAACUGCAUGUAGCUGGGAAGGCCAGGCACGGUGCAACGGCCAAGGGGGGUGCAACGGAUAAACUGGCGCUGCCCGGAGGCGACGCGUCUCCGGACGGCAGGAGGAGGGUGCACAGGUGUCACUUCAACGGCUGCCGCAAAGUUUACACGAAGAGUUCACAUUUAAAAGCACAUCAGCGGACUCACACGGGUGAGAAGCCGUACAGGUGUUCGUGGGAAGGCUGCGAGUGGCGCUUUGCACGCAGCGAUGAGCUAACCCGGCACUUCAGGAAGCACACGGGUGCAAAGCCAUUUAAAUGCAGUCACUGUGACAGGUGUUUCUCCAGGUCAGACCACCUGGCCCUGCACAUGAAGAGGCACCUCUGAGCAGGUCGUGGCAAGUGCGGAUUUGCUCUCGUUGUAUCGUGACCAGCCUCCUGGUUGCCCUGCCCUCGUCGGGGGGAGGAGUGUGUGUCCAGCCAAAGCAUGCCAUUUUGCACCGUACCCUGUGCCUCCGGGAAUCUCGGGGAGAAAGGCCUACUGAGCGGUUGUGUGGAAAAAAAAAAAAACAUGGAAAAAAAACCCUACAAAAAAAAUUUAAUAAAUAAAGACAAAACGUACACGGAGAGGGAUGAAAUCAAGUGCGGAGAAAAAGAAAAGCAAAGAAUGAAGGACUUUCGGACAAAAUGACAACAAAAAAAAAGAAAAAAAAAAGAAUGAAUGAUGGUGUGUGUCAUAUGGUGCAUGUUGUUUUGGGACUGCUCCUGGACAACCAAUACACUGGUACUUAUUAAAGGACCCCACAAAAAAAAAAAAAAGAAAAGCAAAAAAAAAAAAAAAAAGCCUGUCUGUCCGGGAUGAACGUGAGCUCGCACGCGAGAGAGUGUGAGGAUGAGUGUAUAGUGUGCGAGUGUGGGGAGGAGGGGGUGGGAGAGGGGUACCAGUGUGUUGCUGCAGACUGAAUGGUGUGAGAGAAUGAGUUUUUUUCAUUUUUCCUUGCAAGCCUGUGAUAGUGGGAGAAAAGCGUGUCUUCUCAGUGUCAGCGUGGAAGCCGGGACUUGCCCCAUUUUUCCCCCUCAGGCUCUGUGCUCUCAAAGGGAUGAUGGGACUUUGGUUACAUCUAGAUGCACCCCUUAGCAACCACGACCCUGCCGUUCCCUGCUGCCCCCUUCCCCUUGCAGUUGGUGGCUCUACAGGGUCCCUUCAUGAAUGAAGGUGGCUUUUUUUUUUUUUUUUUUUUUUUUUUUUUGGUGUUUGGUGCAGCUACUAAAUGUGCAAUGUGUUCGGUAGCUUGUUUUUUUUUUUUUUACUUAUUUUUUUUUUUUGACAAGCUACAAAAAAAGCUCUUUCGUUGUCCAUUGUAUAAGCUGUGUGCUUAGAGAUAAAACACAAAACUAUAACUUCUUCACUAUCAUAGACAGGUGUUGCAUGGUAUUAGGGUUUGUACUCUUAUUUCUUUUUUGUUCCUGCUCUGUUAUCAGGACUGCUAAUAGAUUCCAAUAAAGUGCAGCUAAAUACGAA